AUGGAGGCCCUGCAGGAUUUCGACAUCAAUGAAGCUCUCAAAAUCUACCUCACCAACCCGCUGGAAACAGACACUCCCGACGCGCAUCCCGACCUGCUGGAAUGCGAACACAACCCGGAAGACUUGACUCCCGCCCUGGUCAACACUGUGCUGAAUCCCAUUGUGGAUGCCAUAACUGAAAACCCUGAAGCUGUUGCUCGUUCCGUCAACUUUGACUCGUUGCAGUUCCUUCUCAAGUGCGCUCCCACUCGUCAAGAAGACGCCUCUCAGACCCAUGUGCCUGACCAUGACCUCAGAAAAUUCAACCUCAUACCCACCCAGUCGCUUUCCAAGCUCCUCGAUCUCAUCCUCUCCGCUCUCUCCGCCGAGGCCGACGCCGUUUACAAUGACAUCGAACAAGACGAACAAGAUUCAAUCCCUCAGCACAAGCAGCUGCUCGAAAUGCUCUCCUUCCUCCUCAUGUGGUGCUUCACCAGCGUCGAAACCAGAGUCGUAUCCGAAAAGUCCGCUGCUCCGGCUGCUCGUGGCAGAGGUGGAAAGGCUGCUACAACCAAAAAGUCUGCAAAAGAUGCUCCUUGGGAUCCAUCCAUGCAGAUCCAGUCUGCUCUCAACACAAUGGCAAAGGUCUUGAAGCUCAAGCUUGCGAGGAUCUUUGUCACCACUUCCGAGCGCGACACCUUCAUCGGCCUGUUCACACGCCCUGUCUACCUCAUGAUGGAGAACGAAGCAAGAGUCAAGAAUAAUGCCAUCAAAAUGCACGCUUUCAGAGUCCUCUGCAUCGCCAUCAAGCAUCACGGCCAUGCUUCUGGAGCCCAGACGAACAUCAUCCAGAGUCUUCUAUACUUUGAGCAUCUCUCGGAACCAAUGGCUGAGCUACUCAACAUUCUCGCAAACGAAUACGACUACCCCCAACUCUCCGAAGAAGUUUUGCGCGAGCUGAGCAACCAAGAAUUCAGCAGCAGCGACUUGAAAGGUCCCAAGUCUGUUUCUACAUUCAUCACAAAAUUCUCCGAGCUGGCGCCACGACAAGUCAUCAAGCAAGUCAUGCUGCUUGCAAAGUUGCUUGACAGCGAGUCCUACACUUUGCGCUGCGCCAUUAUCGAGGUCUGCGGAAACCUGAUUGCUAUGUUGAGCAAGCAGGAAGGUGAAGAGCGCAGUGAGAACCACAAGGGUCAGAUCAACGCCUUCUUCGAAGUGCUUGAAGAACGCUUCCUCGACAUCAACCCGUACUGCAGAUGUCGCGCGAUUCAGGUUUACAUGAAGCUUUGCGAUCUCGAAACAAAGUACCCCAAGCGCAGACAGGUGGCAGCAGAUCUUGCUUGUCGCAGUCUGGAGGACAAGAGCAGCAACGUCAGAAGAAACGCCAUCAAAUUGCUUGCAAAACUUAUGGAGACGCAUCCAUUCGCUGUCCUCCACGGCGGCCAGCUCUCCUACUCAGACUGGAACUCGCGACUGGAAGCUUGCGAGGCCGAAAUCAGUGCUCUCAAGCCACCACAAGAAGCUGCUGGCAUGAUUGAGCAGCAAGAAGCAACAGUCGACGAGGAGCUCCUGGAUGAUGCCACACAAUUGUCGCCUGUCAAGGACAAGCCAGCCAUGACCGAAGAGCAGAAGCAGGCAGCUUUCGAGAAAGCCGCUGCUGAGGCUGUCACUUCUGAGAUGAUGAGCAAACUCACCUUGACUCGUCGCUACUAUAUCGAAGCGCUCAAGUUCAUAGAAGUCCUUCACGAAGCCUCGUCCAUUGUUACCCAGCUGUUGGCUUCCAAGAACAAAUCCGAAGUCAUUGAAGCCAUGGACUUCUUCGUUGUUGCAGAUGCAUACAAGAUCGAAACAGCUCGUACGGGCAUUCGGAAGAUGCUGCGCCUUAUCUGGACCAAGGGCAACAGCGACGAAGGCAAGGGGGUUCAAGCUCAUCUCAUAGAAUGUUACAAGGGCUUGUUCUUCGAAGCACCCAGUGGCUUCUCCGCCAACGACGCUGCCAACUUCAUUGCCAGAAACAUGUGCAGUCUGACGUUUGGCGCAACGGCUGCUGAAUUGACCAGUCUGGAGCAACUGCUUAGCACAAUGAUGCAAUCGGACUUUAUCAAAGAUGCGACUAUCCAGAAGUUGUGGCAGAUCUAUGGUGUCGAGCGCAGAGAGAUUUCGAAGAACCAACGUCGCGGCGCCAUCAUUGUACUCGGUAUGCUCGCUCUCGCAGAUCCGGAAAUUAUCGUCAAGGAGAUGGCAAUGUGUCUUCGCAUCGGUCUUGGAGCACGUGGAAGAGCAGAUCUGGUCCUGGCCAAGUUUACUUGUAUUGCGUUGAUGCGCAUGAACAACCCCAAGCAUACAAAAGGCGUCCAAGCCGCUCCCACGUCAACACGACUUCCGAACGAUCAUGCUGUCUUGCAGAAGCUAGCUGCAAUGGCAGAUGCGAAGUCUUCGAGCAAGGAGUGGUAUGGUCUUGCCGAGGCAGUCAUCAGUGCUAUCUACGCUCUCUCCAAACAUCCUGACGAAUUAGCCUCUGAGAUUCUCAGGUUCAAGACGAAGAAGGUGUUCUCGCCGUCUGCAGUACCUACCAAGUCCGAGCCUGUCGAAGUCGAAGAUGAUGGCGACAUCGAGAUGAGUGGUAUGGAUGAUGAGCCGAUGGAGGACGCUUUGCCAAUCAAGAAGGAAGAUGAAGAAGUGGAGAUGCCCGCUGCGGAAGACUCUGCUUUGCCCUUGUCUCAGUUGCUCUUCACUGUCGGUCAUAUUGCAAUCAAGCAGAUCGUACAUCUCGAAAUGUGCGAGAUGGACUUCAAACGCCGAAAGAUGGACAAGGAGAAGCAAGCAGCAGCAGAACCUACACCAGCCAAGAAGGGUAAGGGUGCAAAGAAGGAUGCGAAGGAUGUCAAAGAAGAGGAGCAAGACGAUCUCGACCUCAUCACUGGCACAACAGAGGACGACUUCACCGAUGCUAUCGCACAUGUCCGCGAGAGAGAGCUUCUCUACGGUCCGCAAUCAUUGCUGGCGAACUUUGGCCCGCUGGUUCGUGAGAUUUGUAUGAACAACACAUCAUACGCCAAUCAAGAGCUACAGGCACAAGCUGCUUUGUGUUUGGCCAAGUUGAUGUGUGUGAGCUCUGAAUACUGCGAGCAAAACUUGGGCCUGCUCAUCACCAUUCUCGAGAGAAGCCCCGAUGCCACAACUCGCAACAACCUGGUCAUCGCUCUUGGAGACAUGGCAGUCUGCUUCAACCAUCUCAUCGAUGAGAACACUGACUAUCUCUACCGCCGUCUGUCCGACAGAUCAUUACCAGUCAAGCGCACCUGUCUGAUGACGCUGACGUUCUUGAUUUUGGCCGGACAAGUCAAGGUCAAGGGACAACUCAGCGAGAUGGCCAAGCUUGUCGAAGACAGCGACGACAGAGUGCGCGACAUGUCACGGAUGUUCUUCAGCGAGCUGGCUGGCAAGGACAAUGCAGUGUACAACCAGUUUGUCGACAUGUUCAGUCUUCUAUCUCGCGAUGAGGCGCUCGAGGAAGAUCAAUUCCGCCGCAUUAUCAAGUUCUUGUCAGGCUUCAUCGAGAAGGACAAGCACGCGAAACAGCUUGCGAACAAGCUGGCGGCGAGAUUGCCCAGAGCAGAUAACGAGAGGGAAUGGAACGAUGUCGCAUAUGCGCUUGGCCUUCUCCAGCACAAGGAUGAAGAGAUUACCAAGGUGGUCAAUGAGGGGUACAAGGUUGUUCAGGCUACUGCUUGA